AUGCACACCAGAUACACUCUUAUCUCCGGCCUUCUGGCCACGAAUGCCCUAGCUUAUAAUGCGGUCCUCCGAGGCCGAACUCAAGCCCUGGCCGUGGCCGUAGCAAGCCUUGCAGGAGCACCAGCGGUCGUGAAUGGAGCACCUCUCGCUGAUUCUAUUGGGGUUCUAAUAAAACGACAUGGGGCGGCUGAGGGUGCUGCCGAUGAGGAUGCUGCCGAUGCUGAAGCCGAUGCCGGUGCUGAAGCAGGUGACAGAGCAGGAGCAGGAGCGGGUGCGGGCGAUGGAAAACGUGGAGGCAAUAAGGGCAAUAAGGGAGGUAACAAGGGUGCAGCGAACGGUGGAGCUGCCCCACCGGUGGAGCUGCCAACGAUAACAACUAAAUUAUAA